AUGGACCCGCAAAAGCCCUGUUACACUGUCUCAGGCAUCACCAAAAACUUCGAGGUGAUGGAAUGGUGGAACUAUAUGGUUCCUUGUACCUGGAAUGACUACGUCGCAAAGAGUAUUGACAUUUCGACGGUUCGCAAGGCCCGAUGCAUCGGUCAUGAUGGUACGGUCGGCGCCAACAGGAAGUGGUCCUGUUGCGGUGGUUGGCCUGACUCCAAAGGAUGCCAUCACUCGGACUACCACAGGUUCCCACAGUUCAACUCAGACGAAGCCAAGGAAGCGUGGCAUCUCUAUGCCACCCCUGAUCCAAGCGUGGCGAUUGACCCCAGAACCGCCGUUGUCUUGAGCUGUGAGGCGGGCAUUGCCACCAACGGCGAUCGUGAAAUCGUCCGUAUCGGCAUGCUUGACUUUUUCACCGGAGAGAUUCUCAUCAACUCGCUCGUCUUCCCCGGCGAAAAUGUAGAGAUGCUCCAUCUGAACACUCACUGGACCGGUGUAGAUUGGCAGAUGUUACGGAGUGCGCGAAGAAUGAGGACUGUCCUUGAAGGACGCGACGCUGCUCGCAAUCGUGUUUGGGACUUUGUUGGCCCUGAGACCAUCAUCAUCACUUACUCUGGUGGUACACGAGACUUGCUGGAGCUUCGACUCAUGCACAGACGCAUUAUCGACAUCGAAGAGCUGGAGUCCCGCCGGGACAAGUCUGUCCGACUCAAUCUCUGGAAGACUGGUCUACGCAAGCUGGUUCCCGUGCAUCUAAAGCGUCCUUUCCCGAAAGGUAGCAAUGGUAAUGUUUUUGAGGCGGCGGUCGCUCUUCGCGACCUGACUCAGUGGUACAUGGCCAACUUGCCGCCGGUCAUGAAGACGAAACUUGAGCAAUGGCCCAAGAAAACAGAAGAAGAACUUCGCGCUGAAGCUGAGUAUGCCAUAGCACAUCGCGAUGACCCAUUCUUCUGCCCAGACAGACUGGACGAAGACUGCCGUCUGUGCCUUCUGCAUAACGUUCCGCGAGACGGCAAUGAAUGGAUUCGGCCUGAAAUAGAGACGGAUUUUUGGGAUCCUCAAGACGACUGGAAUAACCCGCCUCCCUCCCAGGAAGAUUCACUUUGGGAUUAG